CCGUUUUUCACCGGGAUGCAGUACGUCCGUCCCAGCGCUCCACUCUCGGGACACUCAUAUAGGAGUCGUACACGGCUAAGGUAUCCCCGGACAACUGCAAGAGAGGCGUCGUCGUCAAUAUCUCCUGUGUCUUGAUAACUCGUCAGUCAUGGACACCACCACCUAUGGCAUACCAUACAUUCUAGAGGAUAAAACGGGAGAACUCGCUGGAUCCGACUUCAUUGACAUCAAUGAUCGGUUACGUUUGCGUCUCCGUUGCACAGCCCAGGUCCAAACACAUACAGCGUACAUGAUUCACAAUGUGACUCAUGGACACGAACGCGAAGUUUCCCGUGCACUGGUUGCUCUCGCUUUUGGCCCAGACAACUCUAUGGGCACGAUUACAUUCGAAUCACGGUCGCCCCUGGCGAUGGGCGAGUACCUAAGAAGGGUGUCACCGUUUGCCAGUUCCAGGUCGAGGAAAUUCCUGGCAUCAGAUGGGGAAGAGUAUCAAUGGAGUUGGCGUGCUACGAAAGGCUAUGAAUGGACUUGCACUCGUCAGAACCAGCAACUGGUGGCGACAUAUUCAUUGAAGGUGGUCGGGGAACCUGAGUACAUUAGCUCCUCGGGGUGCGUGCUGACAAUUGACGAAGCGUAUCCCCAUCUUGCAGUAGAGAUACUUGCCACGUUGACAAUUAUGAGGCACAUAGUGGCUCAUAACCUCUGAUGAAUUAUGGGCACACGCCUUGCUGGUGGUAGAACAAUAUAACCGCAUCACCUCAUACUGAAGUAUACAGUUCCACAUUCGACAGCCUUGCUAGAUAUGUAAUACAAAUUCUCUCGCACUGUAUAUUACUUACAUCCUCGACUCGUCAUCGGAGCAGUCCGGGGGGGGGGCUGUCAACAAUGCAAAACCCGCAGUGAAGUCUGAAAAGACUCGUGAGGGUAUUAUAUUUCCCAUCCCGACAAGCAGC